UUCCCCUGGUGUCACAAGAGGACACUGUCAAUGAGGAAAUGAGAAAUUUGUUGUUUAUUUUUGAUUUUGAUGUAAUUUUGUAAUGACAUUCCGAAAACGACACUGAGUCAUACGAAGGGGAACGUAUUGGUGAGCAGAAAAGUAAAAAGAAUUUCUAGAAAUAGCAAUUCAACUUGACUGUAGUAACAAUAACACCAAGAUGUAUACAAACAAUUAUGGCAUGGGGUAUGGUGGGCAAGCUGGUAGUGGUUCUUCUGGUCUUCAAAUGGACGAGGCAGAAGCAGUAGCUUCUAUUCAGAAUUUAAGUAUGACUGAAUUACAGCUUAUAUUGGAAACUGAUGGAAAAUUAGAUGAUAUCGUUAAUAAAUUAAAACAGGUUGACAAUAUUACUACUCAACGAGAGAUAUUGUUGGCUAGUAAUAAAAGUUUAGCAGAUUAUAAUCUUUCACUACAACCGCAAUUUGAAGCAUUAAAACGCCAAGUAGCAACGGGCUAUGAACAACUGAAUUCUUUAAAGACAGAAUUAGCACAAGAUAUUGCUAAAUUAGAUGUCCAUACUGGUCAACAGUCCAUGGAUACACUACUAGCUGUUUUACAAACCGAAGCAGCUAAAUCAGAAGAAUUAACAGAGGAUCUUGCCUCUGACUUUUGUUCAGAAAAAUGUGAUGUAAAUGAAUUUUUGACUCAGUAUAUAAAAUUGAGAAGUGAGGCACACACGAAGAGGAUAAAAGCAGAGAAAAUGGCAGAAAUAAUUCGAAACCCAUCAUCUAUCAGUGAAAAUAAUUAUUCGAGCAACACACCAGUUUCAAAUUAUGGGAGGUCGUCAUUCUCCGGUGGUUCUGCCCCCUAUCCUGUAUCUAACUCUAUGGGUAUGCCUCAACCCUCCCAACCUUAUAGACGUUAUUAAAAGUGUAUAAAACUUCUACUUCUCUUUUUGGCUUUCUGUGCUGGAUAAAAUACUGACCGCGCCAAGUAAGACAUGGACCAUCUGGUUUUCCAAACAAGAAAUACAAUUUGAGGAAAUUUUUCAUCAAGAAAUAUAACUUUAUUGUCUCCAAGAUCUAAGAGUGAUGCUACCAGUUUUUGGAAUAUUGUUCCUGCACUGAAUAUAUUUGAAAAUAGAAAUUAAACAGAUACAAGGUAUUAAAAAGAAAUUAAAGAUGCAUUAUGUAAGCUCUUGCUAUAAUAGUUUACUGAUAGUUAAUCCGAAAUAAAUAUAUUGAAGUUAUGAAUGUUUAAAGUUUUGACAAGGCUAGCAUAGUCUCUGUUGUCAUUGCUGUGAUAAGAGUGUUGAUUAUGGGCUUGUAAUGUCUAAAUGAUAAUUUAAAUAACAUUUCAAGUUAGAAAAAAGACCCGCAAUAGGCAGAUUUUACCAUUACAUAAUGCAUCUUUGAUGCUAAAUUAGUUAUCUGCGUAAAUAAGGUAAAUAUCGAGGUAAAAUUGUAGCACCUUGAUUUACAAAUACCUCAUAAUGUUCUUUACUUUGAUAUAUAUUGAACAAUACUAUUAUUAAUGUGAGUUCCACUAAUAAUCAUUUUGUCCAUUAAGUGUUAGAUUGGAAUGUAGCUAACAGAAUCAUUUUAUAAACCAAACACAACUUAAUAAUUUUUUUUAUUAGACCUUCUGUUUUAUGUUAUGACAUAAUUUUUUUGGGUAUGGUAUGAAUAACUGAAUUGAUAAUGAUGUACAAAUUCGCUCAAAUUUGUAAAGAUAUGAUUUACUGCAGGCUUAAUAGACAAACAAUAAAGAUAAAGUUUGUCUCUUUAACUCUUAAUUGUGUGUGAUUCUUAUGAUUUGGGCAAAUUUUUUUUUAACUUUGUAAGGUAUGUGACUCAGUUAUGCUUGUUUCUAACACAUUUGGUCAUCAUGAAUUUUUGUAUAAUUUUGCAGUCUUUAUCAAUGUCCGUUAUAUUUUGUAAAAGUUUUAUGUGUAGUUUUGCUACAAUAUGCCACACCAUGGUUAUAAAUACCAAUCUCUACUUUGACUCACUAAAUGCAUCAGACAGAAAUUCUUUACACUGAAUAUUUGAAAACUGCACUUUCAUGUUUUUUUAGUAUAUUAAUUUCACAUGAUCUACAUCUUAUUUAUUUAUCUUGGUAGUUCACAAUAUCUUGAUAGUUCCAUUUUACUACCUAUUUAAUCAGAAAUUAGAUCAAAAAGGUGAUUCCUUUCGUCUUUAAAACUUUUGUUAUAGCAUGUUGGGGCUUUAAUAUUAGUCUGGUUUUAAACACAUCAUGCAUGGGUAAAUAUCUUUUAAAUUUUCCCGUAUUUACAAUGGAUUUGUUAUUUACUCUUAAUAUAAGUGACAGUUGUUAAAGAAUCACUAUUUUUAUAGGGAAAAAUCAGUCAAUUAAUUUAAUGAUUUUAAUUCUUUCUUUUUUUUUCUUAUUCUUUUUUUUUCCAUGUAAACAAAAUUUACACAGUGCUAAUUUUAUAUUCAGAAGAUGUAUAAAUGGAGUCUUGAAACCUGUAUUUUCUUUUUCUUUUAUCUCAUGUAUUUUGUCAGGACUCUGUUGUGUAAUAUAUAUGUAAAGAUAUGUAAAUAAAUAGAUAACACACA